AUGAUUCAUUGAGUCAGAAAACCGAUGAAUAGGACAAGUAUUGCAUUUAUUUAGGAACGGAGAAAUACAUAAACAUAAUUAUAAGAAUAAUCAGAAAACCUCCUCCCUCUCUCUCUUUUUCUCUCUCACUCUCUCAGUCUACCAUUGAAGCGCGCACUCCACGUUCUCCAUUGAAGCGACUUCUGGCAUUUCUCCAUUGAAGCAUUUUCGGAGAAGCCUUUUAAUGUUGCGGUGGAACUAUGAAUUGGACCUUUUCUCCGUUGGCUCAGGGUCGGGCCUGACCGAACCCAUGCAAGGAGCUUCAAUGAGUUCAGUCUAUCUAAUUCUUUGAAUGACGCUAGGGAGAAAUGGACGCCUACUAUGAACCAUCACCAUUUUUCUGGGUUGAAGAAAGUAAGGGGCAAGCUUCUACUCCAAGACCAAGAAAGAAGGUGAAAAGGAAGAAGGAAUACGUGGGUUGGGGUUCAAGUGAGUUGAUUGCAUUUCUUGAAUCAAUGGGCAAGGAUUGCACCAAAACGCUUUCCCAAUAUGAUGUCACCAAUAUAAUUAAUCUUUAUAUUAAUGAUAACAAGCUUGUUCACCCAGACAAUAAAAGGAGAGUUUUGUGUGAUGAAAAGCUGUUUUCUCUCUUUGAAAAGAAGACCAUCUUCCGAAAUAAGAUACAUGAUUUAUUGGAAUCACACUUCGCCGAGAAUCAAGAAGAUUCAGAUGACGAUAAUCUUGGCAGCUCUGAUGAAAUUGAUGAAAAUGGUUAUUCUGUCCCUAAAAAGCUGAAAAUUUUGAGCUCAGAUAAGACAACUCGGUCUAAGAAAAAGGCUCCAGAAGUCUCGAAAAGCUGCUUAGCAGCUAUCAAUUCUGAUAAUAUCAAGCUCUUGUAUCUGAGAAGGAGUUUGGUUCAAGAGCUGCUCAACAACCCAGAAACAUUUGAAACUAAAGUAGUUGGGAGUUUUGUUCGGGUAAAAUCUGACCCACAUGACAUUUUCCAAAAAAACUCUCAUCAGCUUCAACUUGUCACAGGUGUCAAGGAAGGUACUCCAGCUGGUGAAACAAAGCCCUCUAUGCUUCUGCAAAUUUUAGGCAUGACAGAUGUCAUUAGCAUAUCUGAACUUUCAGAUGACAUUUUUCCAGAGGAAGAAAUUGAGGAAUUGCGUAGUAGAGUUAAAGAUGGUUUACUGAAGCAGCCUACCAUUGGUGAACUUGAACAAAAAGUAGUUGUUCUGCACGAGGACAUAACUAAACAUUGGCUUGCAAGAGAACUUGUACUUCUCAAGAAUCUUAUAGAUCGUGCAAAUGAGAAGGGAUGGCGUCACAGAGUGAGAGAGUACUUGGACAGAAGGAAGCUACUUCAGUCACCUGAUGAACAAUCACGCCUGCUCAGUGAGAUUCCAAAGGUGAUGGCAGAAGAAGUUAAAACAGAAUUAGUUUCUGAACCUGCUCCUGAUGAUUCGCCUAAAGCUGCUGACUGGGACUGGGAACCUUUUAAUUUCUCAUCAACUAAAAAAGAUGUGACGAAGUCAGAAGUCUUAAUUAAUCAGAAUGGUCAAGCAGCAGCUGUGGCAGCUGAAAUCAGCACAAGAAGCAAUGGUGAUGCACAUACUUAUAGCCUUGAAGAAAGAAGCCAGCUUGGAACUGGCUCUUUGGCAUCAGUAAAUAACUUAUCUGCGCAAUCCUUAGAACCGAAGGAAAGAGAAGCUCCUAAAGUAGAAGCAGUUAAUGUCAAAGGCAAUGGUUACACAGAGUUCUUAAACUUAAAUCACCUAGGCAUCCCUAACAAUGGGACAAAGCAAGAAAGCAAUGGCCAUGUACAGCUCCCGAGCUCAAAAGAAUUGAAAACGAUUCAACCAGUGGUAAUUGAUUUGAGUGAUAGUGAUGAAGAGCAAGAAAAUCCUAGUGUUGGGACCCAAAUUCCAAGACCACGAGAAAAUCCUGGUGUUGGUGCCCGAAUUCCAAGACCACAAGAAAAUUCUGGUGUUGGUGCUCGAAUACCAAGACCACAAGAAAAUCCUGGUGUUGGUACCCAAAUUCCAAGACUUCAAGAAAAUCCUGGUGUUGGGACUGACAUUCCAAAACCUCAUGCGGAGCAGUCAUUGUGGCAUUACUUGGAUCCUCUGGGAAGAGUCCAGGGACCAUUCUCCUUGAUAUCCUUAAAGCGGUGGAGUGAUGCUAACUAUUUCCGACCUGAUUUUAGAGUUUGGGCAAGUGGUCAGGGCCCUCAGCAAGCGGUUCUGUUGACCCUUGUUCUUCGGCAUAUUUUCCCAAAUUGAUUCAGGAUUGUGUACAUAAAAUGCUGUCACAGAGCAAUUUUUUUCAACUGUAACUUUAUGUAAAGAUUGCACUAGUUUUUAGGUCUAGCCUUUCUGUAUGAACCUCAGUUUUAAUAGUGUUUUUGAGAUGAACAUUUUUUAGGCUGAUGGGUCUUCUUCAGUUCAUGUUACAUCUCAUAGUACUAGACUAUCAACUCUUGAUAUGAAAUAAAUGGUUGGUUCUUUUUUCUCUCACA